AUGAGGGUUUCGGACCUUGUCUUGAGCCUGCUCAUUGGCAUCACCCCAGCACUGGCCAUAUGGCCGAUACCCAAGACCAUCAGCACUGGCGAUCAAACUUUGUGGAUAGAGCAUAACAUCCAAGUCACUUAUAACGGAGGAAUACUUCCUUGGUAUGAUGAUGACUCUUCAUCGCAAGCUACCACAGUUUCUAGCAAGGAAAUUGUGCUUGGAGGAGUUUGCAGGGCUUUGAGCACCAUCUUGGACAAGAGUUUCGUUCCCUGGAAGUUAUACGCUCGUAAUGCCGUUAAGCAGACGGAACCCAGCGCAGAUAGGGCCAAGACGUGUAUCACGGAGCUUGUGAUUACGAAGACCGGCAACGAUUCCACAGAUACAUGGAAGCCUUUGGAUGGCACAGUUGAUGAAUCUUAUAGCCUAUCAGUUGGUCUUGAUGGUAGCGCAAAGAUCGAGGCUGUCUCGGCAGUGGGCAUCUUACAUGCUCUUGAGACCUUCACUCAGCUCUUCUACAAGCAUUCCACAAGUGGCAUUUACACAACUUUGGCCCCGGUCGAUAUCAAGGAUGCGCCCAAAUUUCCCCAUCGGGGUAUUUUGUUUGACGUGGCUAGAGACUUCUACCCUGUACCGAGCAUCCUGAAAACUCUGGAUGCCAUGGCGCAGAAUAAGCUGAAUCGACUUCACAUCCACGCAACCGACUCGCAGUCAUGGCCUUUGGAAAUUCCAUCUAUGCCCGAGCUGACCGAAAAGGGAGCAUAUGCAUCCGUCGCUGUCUACUCAGCGGACGACAUCGCCCACAUCCAGCAAUAUGCAGUCCAGCGCGGAAUUGAAGUCAUCAUCGAAAUCGAUACCCCGGGUCACAUAGGUAUCGUGGCCGAAGCAUACCCUGACCUUAUCACGGGAUGGGGUUCCGCUCCAUGGACAAGCUACUGUGCUGAGCCACCUUGCGGACAGUUCCGACUCAAUGAACCCAAGGUAGACGACUUCCUCGAUAAGUUGAUGGACGACCUACUGCCAAGACUUUCUCCUUACAGCGCAUAUUUCCACACUGGAGGCGAUGAGGUCAACUUCAACGUGUACUGGCUUGACCCUUCCGUGGGCACUAAUGAUUCAGCAGUAAUCACGCCGCUUCUGCAAAAGUUCACAGACAACAACCAUGCUCGAGUCAGAAAAGCAGGCUUAGUCCCGUUUGUAUGGGAAGAGAUCCCUGUGAAAUACAACGUCACGAUUGGUGAUGACGUUAUUGUACAAAGCUGGCUUGGCGCCGAUGCUGUUGCGUCGCUCACGGCCAACGGCCACAAGGUCAUUGACAGCAACUACAACUUCUGGUACCUUGACUGUGGACGCGGACAAUUCAUCACUUUUGAGAACGGAGCUCCGGUCGACGCAUACUAUCCUUUCAACGAUUGGUGCGGCCCUACCAAGAGCUGGCAGCUUAUCUACAGUCACGAUCCUGUUGCGAACUUGACAGAGGAACAGGCCAAACUCGUGCUUGGCGGCGAAGUAGCUGUGUGGGCCGAACUUAUCGACGAUCAGAACUUCGACAGUAUCGUCUGGCCACGCGCGAGUGCCAUGGGUGAGGUUCUCUGGAGCGGGCGGCUCGACGACACUGGUACGAACCGUAGUGCUGUUGAGGCGGCUCCCAGAUUGGCGGACUUGAGAGAGCGCAUGGUUGCGAGAGGCAUCGGUGCUUCCCCUCUCCAUAUGGUAUUCUGCACACAAGGAGGUAAUGGAUCGACUUGCGAGUGGCCGGAGUCAGCAGCAGUGUAAUUCAUUUGGGGGUAGGGGGGAUUUGUGUAAUCUCAAUAAAUUGCCGUGGUGCCUAAUCACUCAUGUCAGCUAUGGUGAGGACGUGGAGGGAUUGUUUCUUUGUACAUACUUUACUCUAUGAUCUUCGUAAGGAUUUCUGUGGGAUUUUUCAGUCUCUGAUUCCAACAACUUUUGAAUCUAAAUUCUACAGCCGCGCAAGUAAUGUUCGCCUGGUCGUGAUUAAAUCUAGCUUUCGUUUGCUUGAUGGUGUACCGCGUGCGGUCAGCUCCUGACGGUCAUUUGUACAACUGUGUACACUUGCCAGCAUGGGUUUUAUGGAUCUUUA